UGGCUGGUUCGGGAUCCCGGACGCAUGGCGGGCAGCAGAGAUAUAGACUGUCAAUUUCGGAUCCAAGGACGGUGAUGGCAAAGCUUACUCCCGCUGCCUAUCAGAUCAGACCUGUCACAGAAUAAAUCCCGCCGCCUGCUGCGAAGCCCCUGCGCGCUUCAAACUUGGCGAACUGGGUAAUCCGUGUCUGGAUAUGCAGAUCUCUGAUUUUAAAGGCGGGGUGACCCCGGGGAGCAGCAGCGGAUGAUGGUGGCCGGCGUGCUGGGCUGUGCCUGUGCGUCGCCGCGGAAAUCUGCGCCCCGCGCUGUACCCUGAACCCUUGCAGGUCCGCCGCAGCCCGAGCCUUGAAGAGGACAGAGCCGACGCGCGGGGCACCGGGGGUCGCGCGGGGUCGGCUUAUCAUGGCGGAUCGGACAGCUCCCAGUUGCCAGCUCCGCCUGGAGUGGGUGUACGGGUACCGGGGUCACCAGUGCCGCAACAACCUGUACUACACCGCUGGCAAAGAGGUGGUUUACUUUGUAGCUGGGGUAGGGGUGGUGUACAACACCCGAGAGCACAGCCAAAAAUUCUUCCUGGGACACAACGACGACAUUAUCAGGAUUCAGAUAUAUCACUCCACACUUUCCUGGCUCUGGGAUGCUGAUGAGAGAUUUGACAUUAUUCUGAUGUCCUUUAGCCUUGCCUUACACCCAGAUAAAACUCUGAUUGCAACUGGCCAAGUUGGGAAGGAGCCAUAUAUAUGCAUCUGGGAUUCCUAUAGUGUCCAGACUGUGUCUAUUCUCAAAGAUGUCCAUACACAUGGAGUUGCAUGCCUGGCUUUCGACUCGGAUGGGCAGCGUUUAGCCUCUGUGGGAUUGGAUGCCAAAAACACAGUCUGCAUUUGGGACUGGAGAAAGGGAAAACUUCUGGCCUCAGCUACCGGCCACUCUGACCGGAUUUUUGAUAUUUCCUGGGAUCCAUAUCAGCCAAACAGAAUGGUCAGCUGUGGAGUAAAGCAUAUAAAGUUUUGGACACUAUGUGGAAAUGCCCUGACAGCAAAAAGAGGGAUAUUUGGCAAAACAGGAGAUCUGCAGACUAUCCUUUGCCUUGCAUGUGCCAAAGAAGACAUCACAUACUCUGGUGCUUUAAACGGUGACAUCUACGUCUGGAAAGGGCUCACCUUAAUCCGAACUGUUCAAGGAGCACAUAGUGCUGGAAUCUUUAGCAUGUAUGCUUGUGAAGAGGGCUUUGCUACUGGUGGGCGAGACGGCUGUAUACGAUUAUGGGACACUGAUUUCAAACCAAUAACCAAAAUUGACCUCAGGGAGACAGAACAAGGAUAUAAAGGCCUCUCUAUCCGGAGCGUGUGCUGGAAAGCCGACCGCCUUCUAGCUGGAACCCAAGACAGCGAGAUAUUUGAAGUGAUUGUGCGCGAGCGGGAUAAGCCAGUGCUCAUCCUUCAAGGCCACUGCGAGGGCGAGCUCUGGGCUCUGGCUUUGCACCCCAAGAAGCCUUUGGCUGUGACAGGCAGUGACGACCGCUCUGUCAGGCUGUGGAGUCUGGCUGACCAUGCCUUGAUUGCUCGGUGCAACAUGGAGGAAGCAGUCCGUAGUGUCUCCUUCAGUCCUGAUGGAUCUCAGUUGGCCCUGGGCAUGAAGGAUGGCUCUUUCAUUGUUCUCCGAGUCAGGAUCUCACUCAAUAGCCCUGUCUGGCCUGAAACUUGGUCUGUAGAUGAAAUUGCCUUCAGCUCUUGGAGAUCUACCUGCCUUUGUCUUCCAAGGCUGGGAUUAAAGGCGUGUACCACCACAUCUGCUCUCAUUUAUAUUUCAAACAUAAACAGAGAUAUGACAGAAGUGGUCCAUAUCAAAGAUAGAAAAGAAGUCAUUCAUGAAAUGAAAUUUUCCCCAGAUGGUUCUUACCUCGCGGUAGGAUCCAAUGAUGGCCCUGUGGAUGUCUAUGCUGUUGCCCAGCGGUAUAAGAAAAUAGGAGAAUGCAACAAGUCCCUUAGUUUCAUCACCCACAUCGACUGGUCUCUGGAUAGUAAAUACUUGCAAACCAAUGAUGGCGCUGGGGAGAGACUGUUCUACAAAAUGCCAUCGGGGAAGCCUUUAACAAGUAAGGAAGAAAUCAAAGGCAUUCCCUGGGCCUCCUGGACGUGUGUGAAGGGCCCUGAAGUGACUGGGAUCUGGCCCAAAUACACCGAGGUUAUCGACAUCAACUCAGUGGACGCCAAUUACAACAGUUCAGUGUUGGUGUCUGGAGAUGACUUUGGACUGGUCAAAUUGUUCAAAUUUCCUUGUCUGAAAAAAGGAGCCAAGUUUAGAAAGUAUGUGGGACACUCUGCCCAUGUCACGAACGUCCGCUGGUCCCAUGAUUUCCAGUGGGUGUUAAGCACAGGAGGAGCAGAUCACUCGGUCUUUCAGUGGAGGUUUAUUCCAGACGCUGUCAGCAAUGGCAUGCUGGAAACCACACCCCAGGAAGGUGGCACUGAUUCCUACAGUGAAGAAUCUGAUUCGGAUUUGUCUGAUGUACCAGAAUUGGACUCUGAUAUCGAGCAGGAAGCUCAGAUCAAUUAUGAUCGUCAGGUUUACAAAGAAGAUCUACCUCAGCUAAAGCAACAAAGCAAAGAGAAAAACCAUGCUGUGUUCUUCCUCAAGCGGGAGAAGGCACCAGAGGACAGCCUCAAACUCCAGUUUAUACAUGGUUACAGGGGCUACGACUGUAGGAACAACCUGUUCUACACACAGGCAGGAGAAGUGGUGUACCACAUUGCGGCAGUUGCGGUGGUGUACAACAGGCAACAGCACUCUCAGAGGCUAUACCUGGGGCACGACGAUGACAUCCUCAGCCUGACCGUCCAUCCCGUGAAGGACUAUGUGGCCACGGGACAGGUUGGAAGAGAUGCUGCUAUCCAUGUGUGGGAUGCACAAACUCUAAAAUGUUUGUCACUAUUGAAAGGGCACCAUCAGAGAGGAGUGUGUGCACUGGAUUUUUCAGCUGAUGGAAAAUGCCUGGUGUCCGUUGGUUUAGAUGAUUUUCACAGUGUUGUGUUUUGGGACUGGAAAAAGGGAGAAAAGAUAGCUACGACCAGAGGACAUAAAGAUAAAAUAUUUGUGGUAAAGUGUAAUCCACACCAUGUUGACAAGCUGGUUACAGUUGGGAUUAAGCAUAUCAAAUUCUGGCAACAAGCAGGUGGGGGCUUCACCUCCAAAAGAGGAAUCUUUGGAAGUGCUGGAAAAUUGGAAACCAUGAUGUGUGUUUCUUAUGGGCGAAUGGAAGAUCUAGUGUUCUCAGGGGCAGCCACUGGAGACAUUUUUAUCUGGAAGGAUGUUCUACUACUGAAGACAGUGAAAGCUCAUGAUGGCCCCGUGUUUGCCAUGUAUGCCCUGGACAAGGGCUUUGUAACAGGUGGAAAAGAUGGGAUUGUGGAACUCUGGGAUGACAUGUUUGAAAGAUGCCUGAAGACCUAUGCCAUCAAAAGGGCUGCACUGUCAACUAGCUCUAAAGGCCUGCUUUUGGAGGAUAACCCUUCAAUUCGUGCCAUCACUCUGGGCCAUGGACACAUUCUUGUGGGGACAAAAAAUGGAGAGAUUCUGGAAAUUGAUAAGAGUGGCCCAAUGACACUGCUUGUUCAGGGACACACAGAAGGAGAAGUGUGGGGGCUGGCAGCACAUCCUCUCCUGCCAAUCUGUGCAACAGUAAGCGAUGACAAAACCCUUCGGAUCUGGGAACUAUCCUCCCAGCACCGGAUGCUGGCAGUACGGAAACUUAAAAAAGGAGGAAGAUGUUGUGCCUUCUCCCCUGACGGGAAAGCCUUAGCAGUUGGCUUGAAUGAUGGAAGUUUCUUGGUGGUAAAUGCUGAUACUGUGGAAGACAUGGUCUCCUUCCAUCACAGAAAAGAAAUGAUCUCUGACAUUAAAUUUUCAAAAGACACAGGAAAAUACCUUGCGGUGGCAUCCCAUGAUAACUUCGUGGAUAUUUACAACGUACUUACAAGCAAGAGGGUUGGCAUCUGUAAAGGAGCUUCCAGCUACAUCACACACAUUGACUGGGACUCUAGAGGGAAAUUGUUGCAAGUUAAUUCAGGUGCCAAAGAACAACUUUUCUUUGAAGCUCCAAGAGGCAGAAGACAUAUAAUAAGGCCCUCAGAGAUUGAGAAGAUAGAGUGGGACACAUGGACUUGCGUCCUGGGACCCACCUGUGAAGGAAUCUGGCCAGCACACAGCGACGUGACAGAUGUCAAUGCUGCCAGUCUUACUAAAGACGGCUCCCUCUUAGCCACUGGGGAUGAUUUUGGUUUUGUUAAGCUUUUUUCAUAUCCAGUCAAGGGACAGCAUGCAAGAUUCAAGAAGUAUGUGGGGCACAGCGCACACGUCACCAACGUGAGGUGGCUGCACAAUGACUCUGUGUUGCUCACGGUAGGAGGUGCCGACACAGCCUUGAUGAUCUGGACCAGGGAAUUUGUGGGAACCCAGGAAAGCAAGCUGGUUGAUAGUGAGGAGUCAGAUACAGAUGCAGAGGAAGAUGGAGGCUAUGACAGUGACGUCGCUAGAGAGAAGGCCAUCGACUAUACCACCAAGAUCUAUGCUGUGAGCAUCAGGGAAAUGGAGGGUACCAAACCACACCAGCAGCUAAAAGAGGUGUCCAUGGAAGAAAGACCACCCGUGAGUCGGGCAGCUCCCCAGCCUGAGAAACUCCAGAAGAACAACAUCACCAAAAAGAAGAAGCUGGUUGAGGAGCUGGCUCUGGACCAUGUGUUUGGCUACAGGGGAUUUGACUGCCGAAACAACCUGCAUUACCUUAAUGAUGGUGCCGACAUCAUUUUCCACACUGCGGCUGCCGGCGUUGUGCAGAACCUCUCCACAGGCAGUCAGAGCUUCUACCUGGAACAUACAGAUGACAUCCUCUGCCUCACAGUGAACCAGCACCCAAAAUACAGAAACGUGGUGGCUACCAGCCAGAUAGGGACAACACCUUCAAUUCAUAUCUGGGAUGCCAUGACCAAACACACGCUUUCCAUGCUGCGGUGCUUCCACUCCAAGGGGGUGAACUACGUCAACUUCAGUGCAACUGGGAAGCUCCUGGUCUCUGUGGGCGUGGAUCCAGAGCACACCAUCACUGUCUGGCGAUGGCAAGAAGGUACCAAGGUUGCCAGCCGAGGGGGUCACCUGGAGCGUAUAUUUGUGGUAGAAUUUCGCCCUGACUCAGACACACAAUUUGUAUCUGUUGGGGUCAAACACAUGAAGUUCUGGACCCUGGCUGGAAGUGCUCUGCUGUACAAGAAAGGGGUCAUCGGGUCCAUGGAAGCUGCCAAGAUGCAGACAAUGCUGUCUGUGGCUUUUGGUGCUAACAACCUCACUUUCACCGGUGCCAUCAAUGGAGAUGUCUACGUGUGGAAGGAGCACUUUCUCAUCCGGCUGGUGGCCAAGGCUCACACAGGCCCUGUUUUCACAAUGUACACCACCCUCCGGGAUGGGCUUAUUGUGACUGGUGGAAAAGAACGGCCGACUAAAGAAGGAGGGGCUGUAAAAUUGUGGGACCAGGAGAUGAAGCGCUGUCGGGCUUUCCAGUUGGAGACAGGGCAGCUGGUGGAGUGUGUGCGCUCUGUGUGCCGAGGCAAAGGGAAAAUUUUAGUAGGAACCAAAGAUGGUGAAAUAAUUGAAGUCGGUGAAAAAAAUGCUGCUUCAAACAUCUUGAUUGAUGGACAUAUGGAGGGGGAGAUCUGGGGCCUAGCCACACAUCCCUCUAAGGACAUCUUCAUCUCAGCCAGCAAUGAUGGCACAGCAAGGAUCUGGGACUUGGCUGACAAGAAACUGCUGAACAAGGUGAACCUAGGCCAUGCGGCCAGGUGUGCAGCCUAUAGCCCUGAUGGGGAGAUGGUGGCCAUUGGCAUGAAGAACGGAGAGUUUGUCAUCUUGCUGGUGAACAGCCUGAAAGUUUGGGGGAAAAAAAGAGACCGCAAAUCUGCCAUCCAAGACAUCAGAGUCAGCCCAGACAACAGAUUCUUAGCUGUGGGCUCUUCUGAGCACACAGUUGACUUCUAUGACCUCACUCAGGGCACAAGUCUGAACCGCAUUGGCUACUGCAAAGAUAUCCCAAGCUUUGUCAUUCAGCUGGACUUUUCUGCAGAUAGCAAAUACAUUCAGGUGUCAACAGGAGCCUAUAAGCGCCAGGUGCAUGAGGUUCCCCUGGGGAAGCAGGUAACUGAAGCCAUGGUCAUUGAGAAGAUCACCUGGGCUUCCUGGACAAGUGUUCUAGGAGAUGAAGUCAUUGGAAUCUGGCCACGAAAUGCAGACAAGGCUGAUGUCAACUGUGCAUGUGUGACCCAUGCUGGCUUGAACAUUGUCACAGGAGAUGAUUUUGGGCUAGUGAAGCUCUUUGAUUUUCCAUGCACAGAAAAAUUUGCCAAGCAUAAACGUUACUUUGGCCACUCAGCUCAUGUGACAAAUAUCCGCUUUUCUUAUGAUGACAAGUAUGUGGUCAGCACUGGAGGAGACGACUGCAGUGUAUUUGUGUGGCGAUGUCUGUAAACACCAGAACCUCGUGCACUACACUGCUUUCCCCCAGCUACUUCCAGGCAGUGCAAAGGUACCUGCUCAACACUAACUGUGGGACAUACAAGCUCUGAAUGCCAUUGAGGUUGUAGGACUGUCCCACAAUAUGAACUUUGCAAGACGGUGAUGCCAAGAAAGAAGAUAAAGUACUACAAUAUUAAGACUGUUUGCCUCUGGAGACUAAAACCUAUACUUAUUAGUAACACUAACAACAAAAUCCUGAUGAUGUAGCCCACUGACAAAAGUUACAGCCUCAGUUACUCUAACCAAUAUGUAGCUUUUAAUUUGCAUUAAGACUUUUACAAAGGUGUUUUGCUAUUCUUUUUCUAUAUAUUUCAAGAAUGUUCACUGGACAUGACAGUGUAAGUUGGAAGCACUGAAGUACAGAAAUAGACAGCCUGUUUGCCACAUUUAGCUUUCAAAACCAAAUGAGCCAUGUAUAAACAAGUUUAAAAACUUAAUUUUUUAAAGUUUCAUUUGCAGUUUUAUAUCCAUUAAGUGCCUUGAAAGUUCCCAGCUGUGUGGGCUGUUGCCUCACCUCCCACAAUGUCUCCUUUCUACACAUGGUGCUAAAACUUCAAAACUGAGGAGGGCUAUGGGAUUAGCAGGCUCCAUCACUUGUUCUGUGUGUAUGUCUAGGGUUUCUAAAGGCAUCAGUUACCUGCUUAGACAAAGUGGUUAUGAGGAAGGUGAGCAACAGAGGAACUCCAAUUCUGUGAGAAGUAGCAAUGGAUUUUAUGUUAGUGCCAAAUCCACAACCUAACCUAAAUCCUUCAGACAAAACAACUUCUACAAGAUGUAAAAGGGGGGGAAUCUACAGUAUGUCUAAAUGAGUGAGCUGAUUUGUCUUGCUUAAAAGGCUGUGUUUGGUUUAUACCCUUGGGUAGGGCUGGCUUGGCUCCACUGGUUUCAGAUAAUCAAUGCAGGCUAAAUCUAAAUUUAAAAAAAAUCUCUCAAAGAUGUACUUGAAUUUCUUCAGUCAGUUGUAGGACAGAAUGUGACUUGGACAAUAUUACCUUAAAGUUCCUCAGUUCCCUUAUACAGAGGACACUCACUGGAAGAAGGCUGGCAGGGAUGAGGCCACUGAGUACACAUGCCAGAGUCCUUCCGGUCUGUGCACUAAAAUUCUGUACCUUGAGUUCCUAGCUAUCUGCAGUUGUCAAUUUAUAGAAAGGAUAAAAUGAAGUAUUUUCAGUUGAAGAAUAGAUUUCUAACAUUUACCACAGAAGUGCUUCAGCAUUCUAAAAGGAUUAGACUACUCAUUAAGCUACUUUACAUGCCAAUUUAUUAAUGCCUUACAUUAAUCCACUAGUAGGUUGUUGGACCCCCAGUAGAGUCCCUAUGCAGUCCUAAUUCUGUUUCCUGUAACUGGUGAUGCUGAGUGAUGACCAUGUCUGCCUAUCUUGCACUACUAUGUUUUCAUUCUGACCAGAUCUUGCAUUUAAAUAACCAUGUGGAUGGACACCUGAUUAAUCAGUGGUAUAUGUACAUGUAUAUUUGACGAGCAAUAGUGUGUGUUAUAAAGACUUUUGAAAGUCUCAUUUGUAAAGUUUAUGUGGUAUUUUAUGUAUAUUCAUAAAUCUUGCACUAUAUUCUGUUAAAAUAUUGGUGCAUGAGUUUAUUUUCAGUCAAAGUAUAAAAAUUUAAAAUCUUUUGUUAUGGGUCAAAUAAAUUUCACUAUGUAAAUAUGUUCUUUGUUCUUUAGCUGUUUCAUGAACCUUUCUAAAAGCAUAUCACCAUUCAUUCAUUCUAGACAGCCUAUCACUGUUUUGCUGUACAUUCAUGAAACAAAAACACUAAACACAUACAUUAAAUACAUUAAGUCUAUAAGCUUUAUUGAAACUUUUGCUUUUACAGUUCACAAUGCAUUCCACAGAUAAUUCAUUACAGCUUAAACCACAAUGGCAUAAGUCUUCAUUUUAUGAUUUCUUGCAUAACUAUGUUUGAUAACUGCAAACAUAUGGAAGUAUUAAAUUCAGUCCAUAGAAUCAGAGUCUGUAACACAAUUAACUAUACAGUAAGUCUUUGCAAUGAUGUUUAUGCUGGAGUUCUGUGUUGUUUCCUUAAAGACAGAUGGUAGUGCUCCUAGAAAUAUAUUCUCUUCCUAGCUUAUGUGCUUGAGAGACUAUACUGUAUAAUCAAUGACUCAGAGGUCAAGUACUGUGGGGAAGCUGGAAGGUAAAGAUCUAAGCUUUGUGAAACACUAUAUAUAGAUUAUGUCUAUAUUUACUUAUAUUGGCAAUAUAACAGUAAGUUCACAAUACACCUAGAACAUACCAUAAAGACAGCGUUUUCAUUCCUGCUUUAGUAGUAUGAUCUCGUCUAAACAUUUCAUUCAGAAAAGUCUGCAUCAAUUUACACCAACCAAACACAGUACACUGUGAAAAGUUUUUUUUUUUUUUUUUUUCAGCUUCACCUUUUUGCAAUUUCCCAAA